AUGCAGCCACUAGUAGCUGUCGUUUUCUUUCUAUUUCUUCUCAUAGGAUCUUCCCAAUCAGCUCCAUUGUUCAAAGACAUCGACUACAAACUAUUUGAUAACACUGCCGAUAAUGGUGUCGCAAUUGAUUCGAUAUUCGAAUUCGUUCCUGAAACUUCGACAGAUAACAAAAAACGUCCACAUCGAAGAUCUACCAAACAUCACUGA